AUGCUGUUCAACAAGCUACGUAACCAGAAGAAGAACGCGAAGACGGGUAGUCUUUGGGACAACUUCGAGACAUGCACCUGGAACCAGCAGCGCCAUGUCCCAGCCGUGAACCAGCUACCAGCGCCGCCACCACAACAGCACAUCCGGACGCCGACAGACCUACGCCCGGAUGUAAAUCCGGAUCCAGAUCGGAUCCAUUUUCACCAGGGGUUAAAUCCGGAUCCGGAUCCCAGGAGAGGUCUGGAUCCGGCCGCGGUCUGCCUGGCGGCGGACCUAGCCAGCAGCGUGCUGGGCCUUGUACCGCCGCCGCCAACACUGCUGCCGCCGCCGCUGCCGCCAUUCCAUGCAGCCGGUGAUGCACCUGCCGCCGCCGGCCCCGGCACAGAGCCGAUGACAAGCGGCUCCGCUGGCCGCAACGCCGCCGACGGCGUCCAUGCGGCAAUUACCGCUGUUGUACGACAGCUAGAGGACCUUGUGGCGUCGUCGUUACGGCUAGGCAUGCUUGUAGCCGCCGCGCCCGGAGGGAUGGCGCUGCGGCUCGUGGCACCGGGGACCCCGAUAAUUGCACCGUACGGUGCCGUACAAGAGGGGCAGCUGGCGCCGCCGCAGGUGGCGGCGCCCGUGGUGCCGGCGGCCCCGACGGCGCCGCAGCUCGUUCUCGCCGUUGAGUGGCUGUCAUUGGAGUUGGAGGACGAUGACAGACUCUGCAGCCGCGGUAGCGACGGCGGCACGAUGGGCACUAGUGGCGGCGGCAGCAGUGGCGGCAGCAGAAGUAACAUCAGGAGCGGCGUGGUUCUCUGGGUCGUGUCGCCGGGGCUUGUGUGCCGGCAGGGGCGGGGUGGGGAGGCUUCACUGUACGCCGACAGCACUGGCGACGGAAGCGGCAACAGCACUCUGCCCGUCGCCAGCACGGCGGACGGUGUCCGAGAACGGGUGCUGAUACCAGUACAUGUAGUGGGUUGGAGUGCUUGA